GACUCAGUCCUCCAGUACACUCCAUCGAAGACUUGUUGAUCCUGUGCGGAACCUAUCUAUCGAGUGCUGGCCGAUCCUGCCCGGCUGAGGUGCAAGGCGUUCCAGACGAGCUGAGGGUGCAAGAACGUGUUAUGAAAAAGAAACAAGAUCGAAGAAAGAAGAAUAAUCGAUCGUAUAUACAAAGUUAUUGCUAGGAUUGAUCCAACAUGACUCAUAUCUUACACGAAGCUAUCAUAAAUUAGUGCCCGAAGAUUAAUAUAUCUCCAACAAUAUGAAGGUAUGUGCGGCGAUAACGCUAGUGCUUGUAGCAAACACGGCAUACAUCGGUGUCGAGGCAUGGGGUGGUCUCUUUAACCGCUUUAGUCCUGAGAUGCUCUCUAACCUCGGCUACGGCGGUCACGGGGGCUACCUAAAUCGUCCUGGGCUAUUACAGGAAGGAUAUAGCGGCAUAUAUGGAGAGGGAAUCGAACCUACGGAAGAACCUUGCUAUGACAGGAAAUGCGUGUAUAAUGAUCACUGUUGUUCAGGUUCCAUUUGCGUGAAUUUCGAUGGAGUUACUGGAACAUGUGUCUACGAUUUUGGUAUGAAACAAGGCGAGCUCUGCAGACGGGAUAGCGAUUGCGAAACCGGCUUAAUGUGCGCCGAAAUAUCUGGACGAGAAACGAAAUCGUGUCAACCACCGACCACUUCGAACAAAUUAUACAAUGAGGAGUGCGUUAUGUCAAGCGAGUGCGAUAUCAGUCGUGGACUAUGCUGUCAAUUACAAAGACGACACCGGCAAACUCCUAGGAAGGUUUGCUCGUACUUCAAGGAUCCUCUAGUCUGUAUCGGUCCGGUAGCGACAGAUCAAAUAAAGUCCGCGAUCCAGUACACCUCUGGAGAGAAACGAAUCACUGGACAGGGCAACCGUCUGUUCAAGCGGAUGCCGUUCGCCUAAACGUUCGUCGUACUUGGCAAUACGUGACGGAGGUGACGUAUACAAUAUAAGAUAAGUUACAAAAAAAAAUCAAAUCCUCCUUUAGUCGUUGUGAGAUGAUACCUAGAUCUAAGUUUGUCGACUCGACAUUAUCUCGAUCUCCUUCCUAUAGUCCCGACUUUCCUCCACGCCAACGAUACAUUGGGAAGUAUGACAGUAGCGUAAGAAAAUCAUGCGGCAAAAAUAAAAAAACUAAAUGUUACUCGGGGAGGUGUUACUUUGGGAUUGUUUCUUUUUCGAGUAUAUAGCGCGACUGAAAACACCUAUAACACAUAUCAUAUUAACCCGUCUCGUAGGUCUCUCUAAGAAUAAGAGACACGCUAGCAUAGUUGUGUUAAGAAAGAACGCGCUGAUGAAUAAGAGCGCCGUACGACAAAGAUGUUUCUUAAUGAUUAGAGGUAAAGUAUAUACGGGACGUUCGAGAGAAGUUCCAUUAGACGAUUUAUCUACCGGUCUACCGGUUGAGCUUUCCUUUUGGAUUGUAGUAAGAGAUUAGUGAAUCACUUAAUUGUCCGUGAUAUAAAUCAUAUAUGGUUAUAGAGAUAAGAAUAUAAUAAAUGAGAAUAAAGAGAGAGGCGUGCACAAACGAAGAAGUGAAGAGUUUUCAUUAUCGUCGCGGUAUCAACAUUGAUUAUUUUAUUCUGUUAAUCAACGAUAUUCUUAUUACGCUCUAAUCUACAGAAUGUGUGUUGAUCGAAGUCUAUGUUUCGAAAAUUCCGAAAUAAAAUGAUAUAUGUGUCUUCAACGACUGCUGAUACAACGAUGUUGUUGCAUCGCAAAUGAGGUUUUUCUCAACGAGAAAUUUCAAUAUCGAUACCGCAAACGAUAGUGUUAUUCGAGUUACACGAUGCAUCGGAUCUAUACCUUUUAGCUGCAUUUUUAUACACGUUCGUUGCAUGAUACGUGUCGCAAAGUUAGAAUUUAUUUUAGAAUAUAUUUCAAAAAUAAAUGACAUAUUAACACAGAAAUAAUUUUCUCUAUGUAAAUUUUGUAUACACAUUCUAUAUGACUUUAAUAUAGUUCCUUUAUAUAACAAAAAAAAAAAACAACUUUCCAUGCGCUUCUACAUUAACGUAUAUUAUAUUAAAAUGACAAAAUAAAUAUGUAAAAAAUAUCGUGAACUCCAAAAUUAAUUCUAAAUCUUGAAACGUCUUGUGAACUUGUUUUGUGAAAAUUCUUUGAACAUCUGUGUCAUUUCAUGUGUAAAAUAUUAUCACAAUAAAUUGUCACAAAUAUUUGACAGAAUAACAAGAUGGAUAAAAUGCAGCUAAAAGAAAUAGAAAUAUCGUCAAUGCAUUGCAAGUCGUGACUUAUAUUUUUAGUUGGAGAUCGAGAGAUCCCAACGAGUCCGCGGAUGCCAGCCAGUCUUGCAGGAUGUAACAAGAGAAACACAAUAGCGGAUUUAAGGUCCAAA